AGUCUAUGAAAAUGGACCUUGGCCGACUGGAUGCUGGAAACUACGUACACGCACGUGCCACGCGCGUAUAUACAUGCACGCCAUCGACUAAUAAAUACGCCAUGUUAACUAUAUAGACCUUAGCCUUCAAUGAGUUCACGGUACAGAGUGACCUCGACAUCGACAGCCGGUAGAACAGAUACCCAGCGUCUUGAUACAUACACAUAACCGGAACCUUUAUCACAAAAUCAUGUCGCCGCUACGAUGGGGUAUCUGUACGGGAGGGGAAAUAUCACACGACUUUGUUUCGAGUUUACAAGGACACUCCAACAACCAUCCCGUCGUCGCUAUCGCAACUCGGUCGUUGGAAAGAUCGCAGAAGUUUGCCUCUAAAUUCAAGAUUCCAACCGCCUAUGGUAGCUAUGAAGAGCUCGCUCAGGAUCCAAAUAUAGAUAUAAUCUACAUCGGGGCUAUUAACACUGAACAUCCAAGGCUUUGUAAGCUAUUCCUUACACAUAAGAAGAAUGUAUUGUGUGAAAAACCCCUUGCACUCACUCUAAAAGAAACCCAAGAUGUCCUGAAGAUUGCUAAAGAAAGCGGUGUCUUCUUCAUGGAAGCCGUGUGGACCCGUUUUUUCCCAGUCAGUGCAAAGAUCCGGGAACUUGUUGCAUCCGGGGAACUUGGUGACGUCAAAUCAAUGCUGCUCAAUUUUGGACUUGACCUGCCUGAUAGAGAAAGAACUAUGAAAAAGGAAAUGGGUGGGGGCGCCCUCUACGACAUGGGAAUCUACAUGGUACAACUGACGACCAUGGUCUUUGGGGUAGGACCGUCUUCAACAAACACUCACGGAUUCCUCAAUGAAAACGGUGUAGAUGAGAUGUAUACGACAGUUAUGAAGUUCCCGAACAACGCCAUGGCAACACUGUCAUGCACAUACAAGGCUGAUUAUCCUAAUGAAGCAAUUGUUAUAGGAACCAAAGGUCGUCUCCGAAUUCCGGGUCAUUUUUGGGCUCCAACUGAGCUGAUAUGGUCAAAGCCCAGUGGAGAACUCAUCGAAACGUUUCAGUAUCCUACACCAGAAUCUUCGGCGGAAUAUUCAUUGGGCCCAUUGUGGUCUGGUAUGCUAUAUGAAGCAGAUGCAGUGAAACAAGCUAUCGAAGAAGGUAAAAAGGAGCACGCCCUCGUGAGUUGGAAGGAGACUGAGUUGAUUGCUACUUUGAUGGAGCAAGCUCGUCGAGAUCUGGGUAUCGUCUGGGUUCAUGAAGGCUCCUAAGUAAUCCAUUGUUUUUCUUGCUUGAAAAAAAGAGAAAUAAAGUUGCAUGUGAUUAUAAAUAUCUAGGCUAUCUAAGGGUAUGGUUGGGGAGGGGCAAAGGUACUCUUAUUCCUCUGUUUAAAGAACGAGAAUGACACACAUGAUAGGAUAUUGUUUGAUUGUUUCUAUUUCCAUGUAAAAAUCAUACAUGAAAAUCAAGAAAUAUUAUUGCAAUGGAGCCCAUUUCAGUGACAUUUACGAAAUGUCACUGUUCUUUCAGGAGGUCCUUAAAUAAAAAGAAAAUAACUUGCAACAUUAAAGAUUAAAACAAAAAAUGAUGAGUCAAACAACUGGAACAAUCUGGAACAAAAUAAUAAUGUAAUCGAUAUGUAAUCAUGAUCCAUAACUUCUAAAGUUUGAUUUAAAGGAUUAAAUCGGUAAAGAAUGAAUGAUGACAUGGGAUGGUAGUUUGUUGUACAAUGAAGCCUCUUUUUUUUAUAUAGAAAUGUCCUUUUACAACUUUUAGUGUUUGGUUUGGGAAGAAAUUUUGGCAUAGUCAUGAUAGAUGUGCGGAGAGAAUAAUGAUAAGAUUUAUUAAGUAUUAACAUUUUCAUGUAAUCCGGGGCAAGAUUAUGCAGAAUUUUGACCAUCAUUAUAUACAUAAUGUAUGCUCUCGUUGAGGAAUAAACUUUUUUUUCCAUUUCAGUAUUCCAUCAUGUACAGUAUAUGUGAAUGCGAAUAUGGUUUAGAUCCAUAUAAUUAUGUUUUUGAGAUGCAGACUGCCAUAUAACAUAUGUAUAGUCAAAAUGUGGAAGGAUACCAGAAGAAUACAUAAUUUUCAGUCUGGAUUUCAUUCACAAAAUACUUUAGCCUUCCAAGAUUUACUGCCUCAUUACUUUAAAAUGAGUGUUCCAUUAUUUAUGUUCCUGAUCAAUAUAAACUUCUUGAUAUUUCACAUGAUCUAAAUCAUUCUUCCUUCGAUUAAUUCAUCACCAAUAAAUCCUCCAUGACCAUUAUCAUCUCCAUGGCCUUCAUCUUCACCAUCCUCAUCCUUAUCAUCUCCAUCUUCAUUAUUCAAAUUAUCAAGAGAUAUUAGUAUCUGUCUUGAAAAAUGUAAUGAUUAUUUUAAUGAGUUUUAUUCCGGCGAGGUUGUCAUUUUUUCAAGCAAUCUGCUUAUUAUGACAAUCUUCCUGCAAAUUAUGAACGUUAUUGUGGUUUGUAGUAGAUCAUAUUCGUUUCGAAUGAAGUUUCCUUUAUAAUUCUUGCCAAAGAAAAAAGUAAUUUGAUUGUUAUGUGAUGAAAAAUGUAUUAUACGAAUGCUAUUCAUGUAAAAGAAAACAGUAAAUCAAAUCAAAUCAAAA